CAGAGGACGCCGCACCAGUUGAGUGCUAUCUUGCUCUCGACUGCUUCGUAGUCUCCGUCAAGGCGCUCCCUGGACUGUGCGUCCAGUUGUGGAUUCGUCGAGUGCUGAUCGCUCCAGUGCAGCUGUGGACAUCGCUGAUAACGGUGUGUUUUGCCAGAGCCCGGUUGCUGUCAGCUGUAGUAAUCGCGGGAACUAAACACAGAACCCAAGUCGACUGCUGUGCUGCUGGCUGCUUCGCUAUAUAGCGAACGGGCGACGUUGCCACGUCCGAGUGCACAGUCGAUCGACACGCUUUUCACGUUCACCCUAGCCAAGUGCCAGGUCCGCGAGGCUACGUGUCUUUGUGGCGGUUCGAGCGAGAACGCGCGAGUGUGUGAGCGCGCCAGUGCGCCGGCAGUUGGUGUGCGAAGCGGCGAGAUUACGCGGAUUAGCAUUGAGGCGGAAUCGAGAAGAACAGGGCACCUGAGACUUGGCAACGCUGCGCUAUAUCUCGUGCAUCCAUCUCCGUCGCUCGCUCUGUCUUUCUCGCGCUCGCGCACCAAUAUAUCUGUAUACAGACACGUACACACGGAUCGGAUAGCGAGCGGCGGCGGCGGCGCAGAGAGCGAAAACGGCCGUGCUGUGCGCGCGCUGCUUUCAGCGACGCUACACAGGCGCACACAUACGUGCUUCCUCAACUACCAACACAGUGCUAAGCAAGAAACUCGACGGUGUGCCGAGGACGGCGCUGCUGUACGUACGCAUUAAAAACACGGACUCGCUAGCAGCGCACGGAGCGUGUUUCCUCGAGCUGUGUGCUGUGCUGUGCCGUGCUCCCCUCCACAAUCCCCACCAGACCGAGCCCACGUAUGGGUCGGACGAGUCCAAGGGGAGCGCGAGCGAGGGGCGCUCGCAUCUGAGGCCACGAGUGCGAGCGAGACGGAAAGACUCGCGGAGGGGGUAGAGAGGCGCAGCAGCAGCAGUGUAGCGAGAAUGCGCGCGCGUCUUCAGUCGGCCUCGAACCGGAGAAUGUGACUGAUGUUAACGUGAGUCAAGUGUCACGUUGUGCCAAUCGUGAGAGAAGGGAGAGAGCAGCGGCUUACUGCUCCGAAAUCCAGUCGCAGCAGACGGCGGCAGCGGUCCCUAACCUCAAACGGGCAAAGUGUUGUCGCAGUGUGAAAAAGUGCAUCGCCAGUGAGUUGUCGUUCCGAGACGGAAGGAUCGUGGUGUGCGACAGCGACGGCGAGGACGGCCAUGUUUGGUGUUUACUCAGGGGCACGUCGCGAACGCGCACGGCUCCACUGAGAAACAAGAGUAAAAUUGGUUUGUGAGUGAGUGCUGACGUCACACGCGCAGAGCACACAUAGUGAAAUCGACAACAGCAGCAGCCGGCGUAGCCGGUGAGAGCGCUACUAACUUGCCGGAAAACGUCGACCACGACCUCGUGCUCUCUCUCUCUCUCUCUCUCUCUCUCUCUCUCUCGAUCGCAAGAAGUUGUUUUUCUCGUCGCGUAAAUAGACGACGACACGCGAGUGCUAGUGUGUGCGAGUGCGUGCGUGUGCGCUGCAUUCGACGACAACAAUAACAACAACGACACGUGUGUGACAGCGAGUGCAAGUUGUCAGUUAAGUUUUAAGUUAAGUGUGACAUAGUUGUCGUUUUCCCAUCCCCUCUGCGACGAGGCCUUGGUCCGUGCUGGAAACCAUAGCUGCCGCUCUUCGCGAGGCGGCAGUGAGUUCCGGCACAGUCGCCCAGCCAGCAACGACGAUUUCGCAAAGGCGCCCCGCCGACAAGCACCGAGGGGGAGGAGGUGGUGGUGGUGCUGCUGUUUGCGCAGCAACUGGGUCGCAGCUGCUCGCGUCGUCGUCGUCCUCGAUCUUGGACGACUACGACGUCACGCACCGUUCGUCCGAAAGGAUCAAGGUCAAGAGAGCUUGCGAAGAGUCGGUGCAACUGCUCCAGCAGUCUACCGCCAAUAUCAACAAUAACAACAAUACUACCGCUAACAACAACAACAGCCAGAUUAAUCGUAUCAAGCGAAAGAUCAUAGCCAAGCUGUUCUCGGCCAAUAAGGCACUGAGCAAGGACAGCGGCGACACAGCUGGCAACGGUAUCAUGGACCCGAGCGACCGGAUCUACGCGGCCGAGAGGAUCACGAAGAAGCGCGAGAAGCGAGGCAAGGUCGAGUAUUACGUGAAAUGGAAAGGCUGGAGUAAAAAAUAUAAUACGUGGGAGCCAGAGGAAAAUAUUCUGGAUGCGAGGCUGAUCGAGCUCUACGAGGCGAGUCAAAAGGGCGGCGACUUCCCUAGCAGAAGGCCCAGGCGAAGGGACACCAGAUACAGCGAGCAAGUACUCGCCAACCUAGUAGUAGAGGAAGAGCCUGGUGGGGAUGAACCCGCGGGUGAUGACAGUCAAGAUGAGGGUCAUACCACAAUUGACGAAACUAUAACAGCGUCGAGGCACGCAAAUAGUCGAGCGCCUGCUGACGUAGACGAGGACACUUUGGCAAGCUCGCUCGAUGGCCACGAGAAUGCCAACGACUCGGCGUUCGGUGGCGACUCGGACGACUCCAGCAGUAGUGUCGAUAUACCGUUGCCCAGGCGCGAACCUGCCGGUACCAAACGCAAAGCCGAAGUGCUUAGCAAGGAAUCAGGCAAAAUUGGCGUUACCAUCACCACGAGUAGCCCACCCAACAAGGUUCCACGGCUACUUCCUCUCAAAGGAAAUACCCCGACCUAUCAUAAUCACAAGGUUAACGGCAGACGGCCGUCAUCUUCGAACGUCAAAUCGACUCCCGAGGAGCCGCUUCCCGCAGUUCCGACCACACCGGCUCCAGCUGUCCAGGACAAGAAGCGACCCGAGGCAGACGUGCCUCGCGGACCGCCACCUUCACUUCCUCGUGCGCCACUAUCUCCUCAAAUCGAUACUCCCCUCGAACCUCAAGCGGCAUUCACCAAAAAGAAACACCACGAGCACAAGAGUUCGGAAAAGGACAAGCCGGUUGUAAACGGCCCAGUGAGUGUCGAUGCCAACGGUCACAAAUCCCCCAUUCCUACAGAUGCCUAUACCAAUAAUAACAGGUUAAACGCCCCAACCCUUAAUGGACAUCACAGCCCUACUAACAACAACAACAAUAAUAAUAACAUCAAUAAUAACAUCACCAAUAACAACAAUAACAACAACAAUAUCAGCAAUAAGACGCCAAUGAAAGCUGAUAUCAAAGCGGAUACAGUGUACGUACCGUUGAUGAGUCCCGGCACCGAUUACUGGCGAGCGCGCAACCCCGUGGCCGAUCAGGUCUUCAUCACAGACGUAACUGUCAACCUGAAGACCGUCACCAUCCGCGAGUGCAAGACUGAGAAGGGUUUCUUCCGCGAGCGUGAUCCCAAGACCGACGUCUAUCAGUGAAGUGCUCACGCUGCAGAGCCACGUGUUAAUGUUUCGAUGUCUCAAAGCUUGUAUAUAUAAAUUAUUUUCGCACUAAAGCACUGGCUGAUUGUGUCAGUGACAUAGAAGGAAUGAGUGUGUUAUUGAUUGAUUGACAGCGAGCGAUACAUUUUUGAAGUGAUCCAAACACGCGCACUUUCGUUUUUUUCAAAAAAAAAAUAUAUAUAUAUAAAUAAAAAAGGACAAAAAAAUUAUACGUAAUCUUUUUUGCAUCGUUUCUUUUUGUAUUUUUGUUGCAGCGAUGCUCGGGUUAAGGAUGCACUUAUUCGAGAGAAAAAUUAUUGGGUAUAGCGAAGAUAUAACGUACGAAGUAAGGUAACUUUGAGGUCAUGCAAAAUUUUCAAAUUGAUCGAGACCUCAAAACAAACGUAUAGAACGCUUGGUAGUUAAUAGAUUUGCUGAAAAAUAAAGAUGAAAAAAAAAGAGUACGAUAUACGGUAGAAAAGUAUGGAGGUUGAGCAAUAUUAUUGCAGGUUUAGAAAGAGAGACAGACAGAGAGAGAGAAAGAGAGAGAGAAAGAGAGAGAGUGGACCGGAUAAUAACAGUUAUUAAAGUACAGAAAGUCAGUAGGGGGUGGUUUAGAAGCUUGAAUGGGUAUUUUUAUCGCUUAAUACAAGUUGACGAUAGGUUCUUAUUAUUUGCGCGAGU